CACACGACACGGGGGCGCUCUCUCUGCAUAUACAUACACAAUGUUGUACGUAUAUUAUAUACAUACAUGUGCAGGCUCUGAACCAAAAGCCUGUGAGCUCUUUUUCUACUCCACUAAGGUUUAUUUGAUGAUUAGUUAAUUAAUUUAGUUUUAAGCCUUGUUCUCUCCGAGAUCUGAAGUAUGUGUUUCCAGCUCAUUGAAUGAGGUUGGGAGAAAAAAUGAAGCCGAGUACUCGGCUCAGCUCGGCUGUUUUUCAGCUCACUCCAACUCGAACCCGGUGUGAUUUGAUUAUCAUAUCAAAUGAUAAGAAAGAGAAAAUUGCUUCAGGAUUGCUAAAUCCUUUUCUUGCCCACUUGAAAACUGCUCAAGAUCAGAAUGCUAAGGGUGGUUAUACACUUUUGCUCGAACCAGGACCCAACAGUGAUGUAGCAUGGUUUACAAAGGCCACUCUGGAAAGGUUUGUUCGUUUUGUGAGCACUCCGGAGAUCUUGGAACGCGUGUACACCAUAGAAACGCAGAUCAUACAACUUGAGGAGGCAAUUGCCAUACAAAGCAGUAAUGACAUUGGGCACAGCACUGUGGAAUACCAUCAACGAAAACCAUUGGGAAGCUUUGAAGGUAAUGAAUCAACGGCUGUUUCAAAUGAGGAAAAAGCAAUCAUCCUCUACAAGCCUGGUUCACAAACAUCAGAAGCAAAGGGGUCGUCAUCACAGGAAGAAAAUUCGAAAGUCCAACUUUUGAAAGUCCUUGGGACCCGUAAAACAGCGCUACAAAAAGAACAAGGCAUGGCUUUUGCACAAGCUGUAGCAGCAGGGUUUGAUAUUGAUCACAUGGCACCACUUCUGUCAUUUGCUGAGUGCUUUGGAGCCUCACGUUUAAUGGAAGCAUGCUCAAGGUUCUUGGAGCUGUGGAAGAGAAAGCAUGAAAAUGGGCAAUGGCUUGAAAUUGAAGCAGCGGAGGCAAUGUCUGCUCGAUCAGACUUCUCAGUAAUGAAUGCAUCUAGUGCUAUUCUUUCUUCUGCGACCACCACCAAUAAUGACUUUAACCAUGACAUGAUCUUGGAGAAUAAUGGAAAAUCUGUCUCAGACAUUAACAUUGAUGAAAGGUCUCCGGCAGACUGCCCAAUUCCUAAUGGUCAAGAAAAACAUGUUCAAGGACAGUAUCCUCAUCUGAUGUUUCCUCCAUGGCAUGUGCAUGCUCCACCUGGUGCUCCACCAUUUCUUCAAGCAUACCCUGUUCAAGGAAUGCCGUACUAUCAGGCCUAUAUUGGAAAUGGCCCGUUUUAUCAGCCACCUCCCUCACCAAUGGAGCAUUCCCCACUUGCUGGUCAUCCAACAGGGCAAAAGAGGCAGCCCAUUGAUGGUAAAGAUAGCAAUACCAAGUCAGAGACGUGGGAGAGUGACAGGAUAAGAUCACAGGAUGGUAUGGAAAUUUCACACAGUUGUGAAGCACAGAAAAAGGCUGGAAGAUCUGUUAAAAAACAAUCAGGCAUGGUUGUCAUUCGGAACAUCAAUUACAUCACUUCUGAAGUGACAAAAUCUGAUAGUGAAUCCAGUGCAGAUUCAGAUACUGAUUUAGAAAAUGCUGAGUUUGAGGCUGAAGGUCUUGAUGUAAUACAUAAGAAGAGUUCGAGACAUCCGACCAGAAAAGUGAGCCAUUUGAAAUCAAAGGAUGAACCAAAUUUAAAUGACCAUGUCUUACAUUCCAGAAAAGAAAAUGAUGAUGGACACUGGCAAGCAUUUCAAAAAUGUUUACUUAGGGGAGCUAAUGAAGGUACUCAUACCUCUAAUGAGGGCCUGUUUGCAAUGGAAAAAGAUGUUAAAAUAAGUAGACAAGCAAAUAAUUUCAGCCACGACCAACUGGCUCUUGCUGGACGAGAAACAGGAGAAACACAAGAUACUAGGAUGAAUGGAAUCCACAAAAUUGGUGGAAGUAUGUCAUCCAGGCCCAUGGGAUCGAAUGAUGAAUUGCUUUUAUGUGGAGGAAAUAAUGAUUCCAGAGGAUAUGAAGAUCAAAUGAAUAUGCAAUUCAUGGAAACAAAUGGAAGGAGAGUUCCGUCUAAAACAAUGGGUGAUAGUUUUAUGAUACGUAGUCGAGGGAACCAAUUGAAGUCAUCAGAGCCAUUAGCUGUGGAUGGUUAUGAGCGUGCAGUCAAUAAGAAGAAUAAAGAGUCAUCGUCUGGUAUGGCUGAUGAAACUUUUUUAGUACCAUAUAGGUCAAUGUCAAUAGAUCAAGAUGGAGUAGGGAAGAGAACUGUUAUUGAGUUAGAUCCUGAGAUUCCAUCAAAACAUAAGAAAUCAGAAAGCAUUUCUAGCCGAAUGAGGAACCAAGUCAAUUAUGAGCCUGAUGAUUUGAACUUGAUGCCUGAACGUGGCACGGAAAAGAGGUCCAGUGGAUAUGACCCUGCUCUGGACUAUGAAAUGCAGGUAUGCACGGAAGGUUCUACUUCAGAGGAGAAAAGGAAAAAAGGAGUGGUUGAUGUCAAGGGAGGAUUAAAAAAAUCAGACAAGGAUAGGAGAUCGAAGGUUCCUUCAGACUCUCUGAAUAAGCAGAGAACUGGAGGACCUAUAAGGAAGGAAAAACAAUCAAAAAUAAAUCCUUUAGAAGAUGCACGAGCACGUGCCAAAGAGUUGAGAUCCUUCAAAGCUGAUCUCCAGAAAAUGAAGAAAGAGAAGGAAGAAGCAGAACUAAAGCGCCUUGAAGCUCUAAAGCUGGAGAGACAAAAGAGAAUUGCAUCUAGAGGAAGUUCCACCUCUGCCAAAUCAUCACUACCCUCACCUCAAACAAAGAAAUUGCCAUCAAAACUUACUCCCAUCACUAACAGAGGAUCCAAAUUUAGUGAUUCGGAACCUGGGUCAUCAUCACCCUUGCAGAGAUCCAAAGUCAGAACUUCAAUUGGAUCCAGUGAGUCACAAAAAGCCUCUACGGCCUCUAUGGAUCGGAUUAGAAGAUUAUCAGAGCCCAAAAUAAUCAGCACUUAUCCUGUUACUUCGAUGAAAGCCCGAAGUGCUGAAGCAGUAUCCAAGAGAAAGCUGUCCAUGGGGCCUGAGAGGAACAAAAUAUCUGCAGUUAUAAACCUUAAUAAUGAUAAAGCUGAAACUCCACCUGAAGUAAAAAUCAAAACAGAAAAAGCACCUGUGAACAUAGGCCAGAACAAAUCAGUGGUCAAGGGCACGCUUCAAUUGAAUGGAGUAAAGCCUUCUGCAUUCUCUAAAAAUGCUGAACUAAAUGUGAAAGAAUGCAGUAUAGCACAUCGAAAUAAUAUAGAUGACAACCCAAUAAUUGAGAAAACUAUUGUGAUGCUAGAGCAUGAGAAGCCUUCUAUUCCUGCUUUACAUUCAUCAGGGGGAAAGAUGAGCAUACGUGAUCAGAGGUUGGAUGAUCAUGACAGGGGAGAGAAUAGUGACAUCAUGUCUGAGCUAACUUCUAUAUGUGCACCAACUUUGCCUAUGGAUGGAGUUGAUAUAAAUUCCUUACCUAAUCAACCCCAAAAGCAAUCAGAUUCUAAUUCAGUGAAGAUAAAUAAUAAGGAGAAGGACCCUCCGAAGUUUUCUAGUGCCAUCACCGCCAAAAAAACCUAUCAGGUUCCAUAUGCUCGGGUCUCCUCUUUGGAAGACCCCUGCACUCGAAAGACCAAUUAUGGCAAAGCACCCUUAGCGAGCUCAGAUAUGGCAUUGCGAGUUGAAGAAACUGCUAUAGCCCGUGUUCCUGAUGUGAAAACCCUCAGAUUGGAAAAAAAUCUAGACUCGAUUCCAAUAAAGGAAUCAUCUAAAGGUUUUAAACGACUUUUGAAGUUUGGAAAGAAGAAUCAUUCUUCCGCUUCAGUUGAUUUCAGUGUGGAAUCGGGUGGUGCAAGUAUUGAUGGUUUUGAUAAGGGUGAUCAUGCAAGAAAUCCUGCUGCAUCAAGUGCAGUUGAUUCAUUGAAGAAUCUAAUCUCACGAGAUGAAACCCCAGCUGUGAGCAAUGCUUCUCGAAAGUCAUCUCGGCAUUUCUCUUUAUUGCCAUUUUGGAGCAAGUCAAGUGAAAAGAAACAAGCUUCGUAGAGUAUCAAGUCUGUUGAGGUGGUCAGCCUGGAUUAUGAGUUCAUUGAUAACAAGUUCAAGUGUACAUGGCCAGCAACAAGAAUAAUUAAUCUAAUAGUCAAAUGAUGGUGAACAUUAUCCUGCAGCCAUAAACUGUGUCAAUGGACAGAAUCUCUUGAGAAGUAUGACAGUUAUUGCAUCUUGGGGGAAGGUCCUAAAUUACUGAGAUAUUGAAUAUUAUUCACCCUUUUAGCAAUAAUCUACAAAGAGUUGAGACCAAGAGCUUAAUUUGAUUGAUAAGCACUUACCCUGGCCAGGCUGCUCAUGCAUGGACGGCUGACAGGAAAACAGGAAAGUAUGUUUAAUUUUUUGUGCUCUAAUAUCCAAAAUUAUUCCCUAGUAUAUUAGAGGUGUCAACUAACAAUUGGCACCAUGGUGAGCAAGAUUAAGCAAUAACCAAUAAUUAACAUGGUGUAUUAAUCGAAGCGAAUGAUAAGACAAGAAAUAAUGGUGUUGCUCAUACUUUUCAAAUUCUCAUUUGCUAAGCAUUCCGCUGCUUUUUGAGGGUCUUC